UAUGCCUGAAUAAUAAAAUACAUAAAUGUUGAUUUAAAUAGUUUAUUCAUUGUUUACAAACUCAUUCUGAAUUAUUCUAAAAGCCACUAACUACUCCUAAAUACAAAUGGUUUGUAAAUAAUCCAAUACUGAAUUUAGUAAUGAACAAUUAAUAAGUAAUAAAAUAAGAAAAUACAAUUAUUAAGCACAUUAUAAAUGUGGUUGUAAAUUAAGAAUACAGCAUGUGUAUCCGUACUUAUAAAACGGCUUACUAAUGUCUAUUAAUAUAAAAUGCUUAACAGAUAAUGAGUUAGCUAUCUGCUAAAGUUAAAUAGAUGAUUCAUAGUGUGUAGUUAUUAUAAAGUGUUAUCAAGAUGGCUUUUAAUUCAUUUAUUUAGCCUUUUAUUACCUUUAUUUUAUGUCAUUUGCACAUAUCCUCAGUCAUUUGUCUUUAAAAGAAAACAUUUCUUAGUGUUAGGUCUCGUUACCAUAGUGAAGUGUAGAACAUGUUUCGAGAAUAGAACGCAUUCCAAAAGUGUACUUAAAGCCUUGCAUCAUAGGAGAAUCUCUUGUGGGUUUGUUGUAGUGGUGUAGAGCAGGUGUUUCUUUCGCAGUGACUAAAUAUCUAAGUCCUCUAGUUUUUCAAGUCUCAGCGAUAGAACAUCCCCUUGGAGUGAUUCACGGUGCAAGACCGAAAUCUUUAUCCUAUUGCUGCUUGCAAACCCCUAGUUUUCAAGUGUUUACAGGUGAAAGCCUGAAACCUUCAACCGAUUUCUAUCAUGGUUGAGCAUUUUACACUGGGUGUUGACCCUGCAACAUCAGCUGCCAAAAUGGAGAAGGACGGAGUUGGAGUGGAGGUUGAGAUCUCUUUUUCCAAAGCCAGCAAGAUCUCCAAGAGACAGAAAGAAAUGCAGCAGCUCAAAAAACAGCCUCUUAACGGCAGUAAUAGCGACGAGAAGGAGAAAGUGAAACAGAGGAAAAAGAAGAGCAAGUUUGCUUCUUUUAUCAGAGCCGCUUUAAAGUGGUUUUGCUUUUCUCCCAGCAAUGAGCCAUUCAGAUUUUCAUCCUCUGAAGAUCAUGAGAUCUAUGAGAAGGUGGUGGUGAAAAAGGAAGAAGGGAAGGAGAUAAUGCAGAAGGAGGAGGUGGUAAAAAAGGAGGGCGAGGUGAUGACGGAGAAAGAGAUUUCUAACACAAAGGAAGAGAAGACAAAGGAGGAGAAAAAGAAAAAGAUAAGCAGCCAGCUGUCAGAAGAGAAGUUUUGGAGGAGGAUAAUGAAGGAGGAGGAGGAGGAGAAGAUGAAAAGUGUGGUGGAGGAGGACAAGAUGGAAGGAGAGAAGAAAAAUGAGGAGGAAAUAAAAUACAUUGAAAAGGACGAGGACAUGGAAAAAGAGAACGUGAAGAAUAGGAGGAGGGUGGAGGAGGAGAUGAUGAAAGUAAAUGAAAGUGAGAAAGAGAAAAUAAAUGACACUGAUAAAAAGGAGGAGGAGGAGGUGAAGAAGAAGAGGAUGAGGAGAAGGAGGAACUGCAGGGUGGAAGAGGAGACGAAAGAAAAGGAAAGUGAGGAGGCGGAAAAGAACAUGGAGGAGAAAGAGACAACAACUGACAUUGUAAGGAAGAAGUGGGUGGAGAAGAUUAGGAUGAUGAGGUGGACAAGGACAAGUUGCAGUUUGACAGAGGAGAACAUGACAAAGCACAGAAUACAGAAGAAGCAGCAUAUGUGGCCCAACACCAGACCUGCCUCCAAGGCCCAAGCUGCAAUGCGGGGGAAAAACCGUCAUAUUUUAUUAUGGGGGGCAAGGAAAGUUUAAAAUUCAAUAAAAUUGUGCUGAACAAAAAAGAAAAACAGUGUGUUGUGUCUAUCUGCUUAACUGUUUGCUUCAAAAGUGUUGAAUGGGUUCAAAAGUGUGCUUGCAGGUUUUUAACAUUCUUCCAAAUAUAUUUUUUCUGUUCAACCCAAAGAAAGAAAGUCAAACAGGUUUAGCACAGCU